CUGUCUGUCUGUCAAUACGACAACUGGCAAACGUUUGGACCGAUUUGGUGCAAACUUUGCACAGGAAAAUGAAUCAAGGAGGAUUUUCAAAGAAUACACAAAAGUUGAAAAGGCUGAAUGGAAUCGAGGAAGUUGAUUAAACUGCAAGAGAUGAAGUAGUGAAAGAAUUAGGAAAAUCCGAAGUAUAUCCAACGUUUUUGAUAACUACAAAAUGCUUUGAGUGCGAGCUGAGGGGGAACAGAAUUUUGGAGGAAAUCUUUAAAAUCAUUUUCUGAAAAGAAACCAGUUUCUAUUGUGGGCGUGGCUCGUUUUACACUGUUGCCACGUCUAAAAUUAGCUACUACUAAAAUGAUGUCAAUUGUCAGGGCGUUUCGGGUUUAACCCCACCUGUAAUUUACGUACCCCCCCAAAAUGUGUCAUACAUAAUUGGAUUUUAAAAGCCGAUUAAUUAAUUAUUCGGUAGAAAACAUUGCGAAAUGCUCCAAAGGGUGGGCUUUGCAUAAUUUUAAUGAUGAGACCUUUUCAACAGUAAGCAAACACGGAUCCGCCGAAUUGUGCAUGGCCCAAUGGGGAAUGCCUGUGAAACAGUCCCCCAUGGGCUGCAUGAGAGAUGGGUAGCUGCAUGGGUCGCUGCACACCCUGCUCGGAUACCGCAAGCAAAUUUUUCGGGUUCUCGAAUCAUGACUUCGCAAAUCUCAUCGACGAGAGCUCGUACGAAGGUAACCAAAGCUGUUUUCUAUUACGCAUUUUCAACAAGCGAAAAGAACACAAGGCUCCAAAGCCAGUCCUGGAAUUUGUCGAAGGAAUUUUUAACCCAGUAGGCGAUUCGUACUGUAGACUAAAUGAAUCUCAUCUUCCUAGUAGUAGUUCGUACAACAGUCGCGAUAUUCCAAUGCAAUGUUUAGAUGUACGCGCUCUAAUGGCUCAUACCACAACGUCAACACCCGCCAGCUCACUAGACCUCGAAUGGGAACAUGAAGCUUUACCCCCUUCCGUAAUUGGGGACCCCUCUACAAAUUCGUGGGCAAUCCUACCGGAGGAGUGUACGGAAUCGAGCACCCAACACAUUCACGGCUGCAACUCCGACUGGUCGCGGGUCUCCUCGGCCGACUCCCUCGAGUGGGACAACGUUCAGAACUCCCUACACGCCAGCCCUCCGAUAUCCGACGUGGACACGGAUACGCAACUUUUACUCGGCGAAAUCGAGCGACUAACGUCGGAGGCCCUAAAGGAGACAGGGCAAAAUUUAAUUAGCUGAUAUGUCUCGUCGGAUGUUUUAGAAAUUGAUGUUUAGAAUGCAGGGGGGCGGGGGACCACAAAUUUCACUCGGUUCUUUACGGUUUUCUUCCAGUUUUAAACAUCUGCAAACCAAGUAUCUUGAUCUUGCAAAUUUUUAAAAUUCUGAACUGUACUGUUUAAUUUUGAUUGUCAUUUGUCAAAACAAUGGAGAGGUGGUUUCCCUUUUCGUGUAGGUGGUAAUAUCUUUGAGGCGAUUAUUGAGCCAAGGGGGGGAGGGAGUUAUUUUUGGUACUGAUUUAUUACAAACAUAUUUUUGGGUAUGUAGCUUAACGGAACGCACCUUUCAUUUCUCUCACACCUCACACACAUUUACACACAAAAUAUUGAAAAAUCUGUGAUUUAAUCUUAAUUUUUGUAACGAAAACGUUUAGAGUAACGAAAGUUUUGUAACAUUUCAGACAUAUCACUCCCAAUUUUUUUCAUUGCGUUGUAAAGCUACGUCGGGUGCUGAAUUUAUUAAGAUGUGAUCGGCGGCAAUUCUUUGGAUCGAAGACAGGGUUGUUGUUAGGGGGGGGGGACCAAGAAUUUGCUUUAGUAGUGUGGCCUUUAUCGCUUGUUUCCUUUUCGAGAAGUUUAUUUAAAACAUGUUUGUAUAUACACGAUUUCAUGUUAACAUAUCAAUCACCGCAUGUAAGAGAAAUAAAGUUAUAGAAGUAAA